AUGGCGAAAGUGGUAGACCGUCUGUAUCUUCCUCCGUUGGAGGAAUGUCUCAAUGGAGACAACAUCGUAAUCUCCUGGAAGCUUGUCGCGUCUGCGCUGGCCGAUAAGAACGACACACGAAGAAAGACCAAAGCUGUCGUACAGUUCCUACAAGACGACUACGUGCGAUCCCUCAUUAAAGACCCGGCGACCGCCUUUGCGCCGCCCAGCGAUGCCACCAAGACCGAUUACGAGACCAGGACGGCGGCCAUCCACGCUACGCCCCAACCCAACGAGAAGUUUGACGUCAAGGUUAUCAAGGAGGAUGCGCAAUGGUUGAGCAAGAACGCCAAGGUCAACCUCGUCUCGGCACUUCGGGCGACCGUGGUCGAGUUCCAGUCGCGGCCGGCGAGCCAUCUCACAGGGCCCCUUUCUACGCAGGAUGCUGUCAACUUGCAAGAAGCCGCUGGAAUCUCCAACGUCCAGUCGUCCUCCAUGGUGCCACUAUCCGGUGCGGCGCUGGAUGCCGAGACCAUUUGGGCAGAGUUCGAGAAGGAAGAGACCAGGCGACAACGGAUUUUCCAUACAUACCUCACGGAAAGGCGCUAUUUCCUGAUGACCGCCGCCCUGGUCCACGAGAACCUCCUCUACGCGCAGCCGACGACACAGAUUGCCGCUGGCGACGGACCAUCAACGCCGCCCAGAUUACUUGCCGCGGAGGAACGCCCCAAGUACCUUGCCAAUCUGCUGACGACCUACCUUCAAUUUAUUACCGAGUCUGCUGGUCGACUAGCGGAGGGCUUGGGAUCCGUGGAGGACAAGAGCUUGCAAGGAGAGGAAGUCGAGAUUGAGUGGAUGAGGACAAUUCUCACCGAAAUUGUACAUGCCCUGUCGGUUGUCUUCCAAGCUGUCGACGGUAACGGCGAUGAUUUCGUACCCUGUGGAAUUGUCGGACAGUGGUUCUCCCUGAUGGAUGGCUACGGGUUUUUCACCGGGAUCUCUGCGCCGAACGACAACAUCGCAUCUCUCGUGAUGCCCCUGAGAUCUCUCAUUUCAGCGAUAUCACUCAAGCUUCUCAAUCCUUCACGAUCUAUUGAAUGCUUGUUGGAGGAGGCACCGGAGUAUCGCGGCGACGAGGAUCCGUAUAUCACCGCACCAUCUGUGCUUGAAACAGUACACAACGCAAUUCUGGCGGCCGCGAACGCUGACUGUGAGAGUCAAAGCCCUGUGAUAUUCGCUUGGACUGUCAUCGCUCACCGCAUGUUCGUGUCGCAUCAUGAGCGAAUUGAAAAGAGAGAUGCUCUGCAGAACCAGCGAUCCCAAGAGACGUUCGAGGCCGGUGUGCUUAUUCGACCAACAGUUGGCCGCCGGCUCUCUGCUGGUAGCAUAGUGUCCCUUGACGGAAAGUCGUUUGACAUUUUCCUCACAGGCGCGGGCCUCGACAAGGACAUGCAGGUCAUAGAGCAGCUUGCAGUAGCUGUCACAUCGAACGGGCGAGCUUACGAGGUGGUGUCUGAGAUGGCACUGUCCAUCGGUGCCUCGAGCGAAGGGGCCUUCUCAUCACUCCUAAGCUCUAGGGUACGACUGGCCUUUAUCGACUUCCUGAAGGCAACCUACCCUUUCGUGGGAUACCAGUCAGACUCAGUGACAUCGCUUCUGUCGGUUCUGUCAGCGGGCCAGCAAUACUGGGACCUCGCGAAGCCCGCGCUCGCUCCUCCAGACGACAUUCUGGCGGAGGUACUCCAGGAUGCUACCGUUCUGGAAUACUACUUCCAUCAGGCACUGAACCGCUAUCCCUUCGAGUUCCUGCCUUUCCUCAACAUAUGCCGUGCUUUGACGAACUGCACAGUUGCCGACGGCCGAUCCGAUGUUGUGGUUAAUCUUCUUCGCAAAGCCCCAACACUCACCUUCAUCCUUCCAGACGACUACCAAGAAUACGAGCUGGCACAGGAAGAAGAUAACACCAACACAUUCUGUCUUCUCGAGGAUAUUCCUCUCUUUACACCUGCGACGGCAUGGAAUCGCAGAACCCGACUGGACGAUGCUUUUAGGAUACCCGCAGAAACAUACGGACGCUUCGUUACAGACACUGGGCGUGUGGUCCUGAUGGAGUAUGAACAUUCUGCCCUUGCUCUUCUGGGCAAGAGGUUAGAAGUCCAACUUGCGCCAGAGACUUACCGUAGCGAACUGGACGGGUUUCAGCCUGAAGAGACGGCGGAGACGAUUGCGCUGUUGUCCACCCUCCUCCGUGCUGAGGUGCUGAAGUCCGAGCAGCAAGGUCUCUCAGGAGAAGACUCCCUCAAGUCUGGGCUGGAGCUAUUGGAGGAAAUCGGCAAGCACAUUUCUGGUAACAAGGACCUCGUCGCUGUUGUAUGCGAGACCAUGGAUGUCUACAUGCAAGACGACAAGGCGACGGAUGGAGAGGGCAUCACGGUGCUCAACUCCUGCGUCCAGUUCCUACACGCAAUCUUGCCUCUAUGCCCGACUAGAGUAUGGUCUUACCUGGCUCGUUGCGAGCUUCUCAACUCCGAAGCUCAAGCUGGUAAACUGGCCAAAAUCACGGGAAACCUGGACCUGGUUGGCGAUCGCUUCGAAUUGCUUCUUUCUGCUGUUCGCCUAUUUGGCAGUCUUGUUGACAGUGUUAAGAGUAGCGCCGUUCAACGAAAGUCGGGCAACAAGCUUGUUGGGCGCCAGAAGGUGUCCAAUAAUGUCUGGCUUGGUGUGUCAGACAAGGUGCUGGGCAAGGUCAGUUUGGCAAUUGCCCAAGCAGCUGUAGACGUCUUCGAGACUUCUUCAACCUGGCGAUUCUCAUCGGAACUGCACCGUACCUUGCUCAUUCGCUGGGUCGUUCCUGUCAUGGACCGCAUCAUUUCUCAUACCUACGGAAUGGGUGACAAGGAGAACUCGGAGACUCUCACGGCAUGCUUAGAACCCGCAGCUUCCUACAUCAUCGAUUCCUUCCUUUCGCCAUCAACUGGCUCUCUGAGGUUUCAGCCACUCCUUGCUACCCUCGUUAACGGCCUCCAAAUCCCCGAUUCGACCCUGUACCAAGACAGGCUAGCUUCUGCGCAAGAACAGCUUAUCUCAACUCUGAAGUUCACCACGACGCUGCUCCGUGUUGCUAGCUAUCUCGAGCGACCAUCAGCAACUUUUGAAGAUCACCUCUUCAAGACGUCGUCAAUUCUCGCGAGGUUGUGCGCGAUCUGCGAACAAUUCCGGCGACCCUCACUCCUGCUACUAGAGGCACUGGUGCUCAGUGCAGCCAAAGCUAACGACGACCCCCCGUCACUCCUGGGCUAUCUCGGUCCCCUAUUGUCUCGGUCUUUCAUUCAGGUGCUGUCACGACUUGACAAACCAUUCCUCGUCAGUGUGGAUGUGCAAACAACAUGGAAAUUCUUUUCGACAAUUGUGCAAAACCGUCAGACGUGGCUCUCGAACUGCUUACUGACUGGCAAGACACCGAGAGAUGCCCAGAAGGGUGGAAAGAAGGACCCCUUGUCCACGCCCCACUCGGUUCUUGCGACCGCGUUUACGAAGCUCAGGAAGAUCAAGGAGCUGGAGAUCUCCGAAGCUCUCCGCAUCCUCGACUUCGUGGCAUCGUCUCAGAACCACUGGCCGUGGACCAUCUUCACAAUGCAGAAAGACACGGCCUUCUUGGACGCGUUGCGUCUGUACGUCAAGGACCUGAGCAGCUUCACAGUCACAAGCAAAACAGACGCUGUCAAGGCUGCCAUUGACGCAAAGAUGGCGGCGUACAUUGCUGAAAUCUUUGCCAUGCAGCUGUACCAUCUUCGUCAAAUGGGCGGUGCGGACGCGUUCGCCAAGAGUCUGGUGACAGAUCUUGACUACUAUCUUCGCGAUGGUGUUGAAGUGUCUAGCUACAACAACUCAUUGCACACUAAUUUUGCAAAGAACUUCACAAGCAAGUACCCAGGGGUUUCACUCGAGGCCUUCAAGCGCACGUCACUGAGGCCCGGCGAGCUCGGGAGAAGCUAUUUUUACGAUUUGGAGAGUGCAACUGAGAUGUUGAGCUUUGACCCCAGCUGGCACGGCCGCCGCAACAGUGGUUUCCGCAACGAAAUGGGCAUCGCCAACGCCAACCUGUCGCUCGUUGACGCCCAGAUUUCACUGUUCCAUGCUUGGGAAUUCCUGUUGCUCGAGCUAAGCAGCAGCCUGCCUGAUGACGACACCAUCGCCAAGCAGAUGCUUCAAGUUGCCCAGCAGUGUCUGGAGGCGAACCGAUCCAACCAGGGACCUGAGAAUAUCUUCAUGCGCAUCGUAGAGGAGCGCGCUGACCUGGGUCUCCUGCUUGUCCAGCGUCUCGUCGGCCGUCCCAUCUCAUCUCAUGAUGUCAACCAGCUCUUGGGGACGCUGUUCACCAUCGUGCAAGGUGUCGAGGAGCCGUUCAACCCGGAAUCAAUCUCGUACUACCGCACCAUGUUGAAGACCAUCUACGUCACCUUGCGCGCCUACAGUGCAGCCGAGAAGAAGUCUCUUGGAGCUUCGAAGAACGGGGGUGAUGGGUACUCCGUCACUCUGACCCAAACCAUUCUGAAUCUCUUGGACAGGGUCGUUGCAAAGGGCUUCCGAACUCUCGUCACUCUCGUUCACGACAGCGAGGCUGCUGUCGCUCCCGAAGACUUGGCUCUUCUGACCGCCAUCUUGCAAGCUUGCCUGAACAUGCCGACCGUCGACCAGUGCCAGACCCAGAUUAUGAACAUCAUGGCGUCUUACGAUGCUAUGCAUGCGGCGACAUCACUUUUCUCGUGGGCUGAUAAGCUUGCCGUGAAUGGCGAUCCUAUCUACGGCGAGCUCAGUCUACUGUUUCUUUUGGAAUUGUCGACACUGCCAGCAGUCGCGGAACAGAUGGCAUGCGACGGGUUAUUGAGUCAUUUGACGUCAGCGGGUAUCACCAAUUUCAUGCGGCGCGGCAACAUCUCUCCUUUCUCGGAAGCUGUUGGACCUCAAAGAUGCUACAGCGUGUGGGUUAAGGGUGUACUGCCCCUGCUGCUCAAUCUUCUCACCGCGCUGGGCGGCACCGUCGCUCCGGAGAUCGCAUACGUCUUGAACCAAUUCCCACUCUUGCUCAAGUCAAGUGUCGAUCGGUUCGAGGCUCCGGGUGCGAGCCGGACCGCAUCAAGAGAGGCACCACACUACGUGACGCUUCUUGCUGUUUCAGAGAUUCACUCGCUCGCCCUCUUGACGAGAGUCGUCGCCGCUCUUCGAUCUGCCAACAAUCGCGACAUCCCCGAGGUCCAAUGGGAUGCGGCCUCGCUGCUCGAGAAUCUAGACUUCUGGCUCUCAAGCCGCAAGUUGCUCCGCGACAGACUCCUGCCUUUGGGUCAGCGCGAGGUUGAGUGGAAGGGAACCAAGACCGGCGCUUCUGGUGACAAUGGACAGCCCGAGAACCUACUCGAAAGCAAGGUUCUAUCGCAAUUGGAGGCGGUCAGGGACGUGUUGAGCGAAGACUUGGAGGAAGCUUAA